AUGAUCGACCCACCUCCAAAGAGCGGACGGGAACCUGGCAGCAGUGGAAAGCGCAGCGCAGUCGCUAUGUACCUAGCAGGACGCUCAUCAGUGUGGGAGCGCAGUCGGGUACCCUCCACAGGGCCAGGAAAUCCAGCCUCGCCCGCCCGCGUGCUUCUCCUCCCGCCUCGUCACAGAGGCUGCGAGCAGAAAUUGAGGGCUACCCAUUCUACCUUUCCUACACCUCUCCCACACCACACCAUUCUCCGAACCGGUCUCGUAAAUGACUUCCUCUCGCACCUCUCCCGAUCCGCUUCGAACUCAAUAACCAGUCAUUUGAGACUGUUUAGUCUCUUUACUCGAAAAAGGCCCCAAUCGACCCCAGCUCUGUCUCCCCUCGUCCUGCUUCUCGCUGCCGCUGCCACCGCACCCACCUCCAUCCUGUUCGCCGAGACGGUCGCCGCUAUGAAGAAGGCUCUGAAGCGAAAAGCCUAUGAAUCCGACUCGGACGACGAGAUUGACCACUACGGCAACCGCGGCCACAAACUCCAGAAGCGCGCACUCUUUGCUCACAAAGGUCAACUCGCACCACCCUCCGGUCCCGAAGUUUACAACGAAGUGAUUGAUUACGCUGGCCAGCAGCGCACGAUAAUCAGCCGCAACCCUCCCAUUGUAGACGAAGAAGGGUACGAAAUUGACAGCGACGACGACGAGGAGCGCAUUCAGGAGGCUGUCUCCUCGGCCACAGAGCUUGACCCCUACGCCAAUAUUCGAAUUGAACAAAUCCUAGCUCCCUUGACUGCCUCAAUCGACCUGCCACAACAUCCGACCCUUUCGAAACCCUUCACAGCCAAGACCCUAGACGAGAUAGCCGAGCAAAGCUGCGACGUUCGACGGAAAGAAAAUGCAUCGCUGUGGAGAGUCAGACAUCUCUUCACAAAGAUUUGCGGCGACUACACAUGGGUCCCCUGUGGCAUGAUGGUCGGUCCGGACGAUGCCGACUUGUACUCGACAGACUACGUCGAACGCGGCUACCUACAAAACACGAAAGCCACCACUGCCGGAUCAAACGGGGACGCCUCCUCUGGUACGUUGAGCGGCGAUGCGAAACCAGAACAUGCGCCAAACGGCACGAACGGCGAGGCGUCUGGAGACAAGGACAACGAAUAUGGGGACGUAACAAUGACUGAUGCCGGCUCCGAGAAGGGGGAUGCUGCGAAGUCCGCAUCUGAAAAGGCAGACAAGGAGCACACUCAGCCUGAGGCAGACGCAUCCCAGGUAGCAAACGGCGAAACUUCCAAACCUAGCACGGUAGCCAAGGAGGCACAGGUUGAAAGCAAAGCCGACAAGAAGCAGAAACAAAAGGCGGUCGACGUUGAAAUGCACGAUGGCAACGCGAUACCUCCGUCACAGCCCGGAACAGAACUGGCUGACGGCAACGGUACGCAUGCGCCGUCAAUGGCAACGGCAUCGGAGACGGCGGACGAAACCUUUGUCCACCCAUUUUUCCGGCCGCCGGCCAACGCUCGCCCAGACCGAGAUGUGGGUCUACCAGAGGCAGAGGCCGAGGAUAUCCGCCGCCUGUUAGCUCUGUACGUCCAGAAACAAGAGGAGGUCUGCCGCGGUGCUAUGAAGCUCCACGAAGGCCUUCUCAAGGCCAACCGGCUACGCAACACAGUUCUCGAGUGGUCCAAGUCGGAAGCGCACAGUGGUGCCAACCGGGAUAUGUCUGACGGCGAGGACUGGUACGACAAGGAGAAGUGGGGCCUCACGGAGGAUCUCAAGAAGGGCCAGGACGACGAGGAAGAAGACACGGGCACCGUGGCCAAGAAGACUAGGAAUCGCAGGUGA